CGCGCCGCAGACGCCGCUCGUUCGCCGCCGCGCUCACGUCGCGGAGCCGCCACUGGUGCGCUCGCAGCCCGGUUCUGCCCCGGGGAGCGCAGCCCUCGGCCGUGCCGCCCUCAGCAGCCACCUCUCGCCCAGGACUGGGGUGCCGCGGGCCAGCGGGGACAGCCAUGAGGGACGUGAUGGCACCCGCGUACCGGCGGAGCCUCGUCCACCUCGCCUGGAUGUGCCUCUUCUCCUCCGUGCCGCACGGCGGGGCCAAGGUGCUGGAGAGGACCUUCGAGGAGUGGAUGCGGUACCGAGACGAGUGCCUGAGGAGGAUGGCAAGCGAGCCGUACCCAGCAGGGCUCUUCUGCAACCGCACAUUUGACAUGUACGCCUGCUGGCCUGACGGGAGCCCCGGCACCGCGGUCAACGUCUCCUGCCCCUUCUACCUGCCCUGGUUUGAGAAAGUGAAACACGGGCUGGUGAGCCGCAAGUGCGGUGUGGAUGGGCAGUGGGUGACGGUGAACGGCAGCCAGCCCUGGCGGGACUACUCGCAGUGCGAGGAGGAGAUGGAGUCCACCAUGGAGGAGGAGGGUGCCCGCAGGCUGAUGGUGAGCUUCAAAGUGCUCUACACCGUGGGUUACUCGCUGUCACUGCUGACCCUUGUCUCUGCCCUGCUUGUGCUCACCGUCUUCAGGAAGCUCCACUGCACCAGAAACUAUAUCCACGCCAACCUCUUCGCCUCCUUCGGGCUACGGGCGACCUCGGUGAUGGUGAAGGAUGCGCUGCUGGAGAGGCGCUGGGGCAUGGAGGUGGUGCAGGUGGCCGACUGGCAGGCCCUGCUGAGCCACGAGGCGGCGCUGGGCUGCCGUGCGGCACAGGUGCUGAUGCAGUACUGCAUCCUGGCCAACCACUACUGGUUCCUGGUGGAAGCCGUCUACCUCUACAAACUGCUGAUCGGUGCCGUCUUCUCCGAGAAGAAUUACUACAGGCUCUACCUGUACCUGGGCUGGGGGACUCCCGUGGUGUUCGUGGUGCCCUGGAUGGCUGCCAAGUACCUGAAGGAGAACGCGGAGUGCUGGGCGCUGAAUGAGAACAUGGCUUACUGGUGGAUCAUCCGCAUCCCCAUCCUGCUCGCCUCCCUGAUCAACCUGCUGAUCUUCAUGCGGAUCCUCAAGGUGAUCCUGGCAAAGCUGCGCGCCAACCAGAAGGGCUAUGCCGACUACAAGCUGCGGCUGGCCAAAGCCACGCUGACGCUCAUCCCCCUCUUUGGGAUCCACGAAGUUGUCUUCAUCUUUGCCACCGAUGAGCAAACUACGGGCAUCCUGCGCUACGUCAAGGUGUUCUUCACCCUCUUCCUCAACUCCUUCCAGGGCUUCCUGGUGGCUGUGCUGUAUUGCUUUGCCAACAAGGAGGUGAAGUCCGAGAUGAAGAAGAAGUGGCAGCUCUGGAAGCUCGACCACCCGGCGCUCUGCUGCACGCAGUGAGGGUCCCUGGGUGGAGGUAGGGCCCUGGGCGCUGCUCAGACACUGCCAGCCCCUCGUGCUUGUGCAGAGCGGGCGAGCGGCGCGAGGAGCUGAGCCUGCCACUCCCUGACCCCACGCCAUCACCUACCUCUGCUGGCACCACCAGAUGAUGCCGGCCGCAGGAGAGGCCCAGCUGAAGCAGGAUGCAGGCUCCUGCUGGGAGCAGGAUGGAUGCCGGGCCCUCCAGGGCAUCCGCUCCUUGCCUAAGCGAGGGCCCUCGCCGCCACCCCGAGACACCUGUCCUGGGGUCAUCCUGCAAAGUUCUUCACCUCCUCACCGCCCGCCGCAGACCAUGGCAUCGGCAUCUGCCUCCCUCCUCGCUGCUCUCCAGCCGCCCCCUUUCCUCCUCUCUGCAACCUCCUCCCAUGGCAGAGCCCCCCCCCGGAGCCCCCCGGCACCAGCUGAGUGGCACACACGCAGCUUAGCGCAGCGCUUGAGCACUUGAACUUGUGUUAAUCCUGCCCUGUAGGAAGGACAGCGCUGCUUCUCUGGUGGGGCCGGGGAAAACCACUGCAGGGGAGAGCGAAGGACUCGGACCCCGGCCUGCCCACAGCAGGGGGGGGGGAAGCUGAGCCCCGGCCCCCCCAGGCCCAGCCACCUCCUCCUCCGCAGUGAGCGCUGUAAAGCCCUGCACAGGAAAUGCCGCAGGCUCGGGAAGAGAAGGCUGGCAAAAGGCUGGGUAUUUUGGGGCCCCACUAUGCAGCAGCUGCCUGUGAAGAGCUUUGCUUUCCAGGAGGGGGCCGAGCACUUGCUGUACACCCUCGCCACCAAGUAGCCUGUCGGGAGCCCAGUCUCUGCUGCUGUGGCCCAGCUCGGCACCCCCGCUGGGAUGGGGACCCCAGCCCCAGAGCACCCAAACCACAGAAGAGCCUCCAGCAGCGUCUCCGCACCUCGCCUUGGAAGCCCAGCAGAGCCCAGCCGCGUGCACCUGGCUGGCUGCAGCCGAGAGCUGUGUCCAGGAGUGGUCCUGGUGCUCCCGUGAGGGCUGAGCACAGCAACGGCCGCCAGCACCACCCCAGCCCCCUUGCUCUUGCCUUCAGCAGCAGGACAGACAGUUAGUCCCUAACUCCUGCUGCACAACGCUUUGCCUUGCAACGGCCGCUCCAUCAGGAGGGAGGAAGCAGCUCUUACUCCCCGCUGCAUGCAAGUGGACACAGGUGGUGCUCCAGCACAGAGCAAGGGGCUCGCACAGCCCCCGGGCUCAUGGGCUGAGCCUCUUGCAAACACAGUGGCUCGAGGAGAGCUGCCUUGAGCACGGGAAGGACAGAGCUCAGCCCCAGUGGCAUGUGAAGCUGGAGGGCCAAGCAGGAGUGUUGCUGGACAGAUGUAACCCCUGUGAGACCAUUUUGCACAUUGACUCUUUUCAGAUGUAAAUAAAUGUUUAUUUUUCAGC